GUACCGAUUUGUAAUUUAGUGGAUAAGAUGGACGAAAAUGGCAUGUGAGGUGUUGUUAAAUUUCAGUGAAAUGUUUGGUUACACCAGCCACCUAGGAUGGGAGGCUGCAUAGGUAUAACAAGGGCAAGAGACGCCUCCGUUGAUAAUACUACAGGAAAUUCUACGCGAAUAAAUUCAGGAAAUUCAAGGAAGAACCAUCCAUUAUGCCAUGAGGCAAUUAGGUGGAAGUCAGAUGUACCUUUGACAGAAGGACAGCUAAGAAGUAAAAGAGAUGAAUUUUGGGAUACUGCACCUGCAUUUGAUGGACGUAAAGAGAUAUGGGAUGCAUUAAGAGCUGGAGCAACAGCAGCAGAAGCCCAGGAUUAUCAAUUAGCACAGGCUAUAUUAGAUGGAGCUAAUAUUUCUGUGCCAAAUGGCUUUCUUACAGAAUGUUAUGAUGAAUUGGGAACCAGAUAUCAAGUCCCUAUUUAUUGUUUAUCAUAUCCAAUUAAUAUUGUAAAAGAAGAUAGUGGAAGAGACUCCCCUGCUGACUGUUCAGAACCUAUUGAUAGUGGAGUUGAACAGACAUUGAAGUUAAGAUUAUCAACAACAUUAGGAGAAGUUAAAUUGCCUGUUUACAGUAAAGACACCAUUGCUACUGCAAAAAAGAAAUUACAGAGUCAGGAAGGUCUAGAACCUUCUCGUCAAAGGUGGUUUUUUGGUGGAAAGCUAUUAGGUGAUAAAAUGCAUAUAGAAGAAGCAAAGAUACAACCAGGUUAUGUAAUACAAGUAAUUGUAAAUCCAGAAAAAUUGGAUGACAGUCCUGUGAAAACAAGUUGAACUAAUGUUACACAAGAUAUAAGUCAUCAUAUUGAAUCAUCUUUUUCUGAUUUUUGAAACACA